CCGGAAUAGGCGGUGUUUGUUCAAAGCAGUCAGAUUGCGCAACAUUUGCGUCAGACCCGGAAGCUGAUUGUUGGGAAAAACCCUGCAGCCCUAGCUGACGUAAUCUUCUAGACUACAAUAUUUGUUUAAUUUACAGUACUCUGUUGUAUUUUGUGAUGAGACUAAUUAGGAGACAGGCGUGUUUUCAGCGAAUACAUUAAAGUUUAAGGAAAGCAUGGUGUUGAAGACAGAAACUUGACUGGACUAGAGAAGGUUUGGGUUCAUAAUGACGGCUGAAAAUGGAAUCCGAAUCAGAAUGUGAUUAUAUUUUAAUGAUACUGGAAACGGGGUUCAGUUUUAUUUUUAUUUUUACCUAACAUCCGGUGGACCAUAUUUUUACGUUUUCAUUGAAGUGAAACUACAUCUGAAGCCUUACAUAUGAUAUAACAAGCUAACUUUUUUAAAUUCCUCUUUUGCUUAUACGUUUCAUUUCUUGGAGGGUCAAAUGGAGCAUUCUGGUUGUGUAAAUUUAUGCAGCCUUACCAGCACCCUCCCUGUUAUCCCCUAUCAGAAGCUCACUGACUUGCACUACCUGAGCAGGGGAGGGUUUGGCACAGUGUUCCGAGCUCAGCAUUCUGACUGGAGGACUACAGUGGCGAUCAAGUGCCUCAAGUUAGACUGUCCUGUUGGAGAAAGGGAAAGAAACAGUCUUUUAAAGGAAGCAGAGGUACUCCAUAAAGCCAGGUUUAACUACAUUAUCCAGAUUUUUGGUGUCUGCAAUGAACCUGAAUUCUUCUGCAUUGUGACAGAAUACAUGAGCAAUGGAUCGUUGGACCAGCUACUACAUGGGAGAGAAAUCUACCCAAGACUUGCCUGGUCAUUGAGACUUCGUAUUCUCUAUGAAAUUGCAUUAGGAGUGAAUUUUCUACAUAAUAUGACACCACCUUUGUUACAUCACGACCUGAAGACUCAGAACAUCCUCCUUGAUGCAGAAUUCCAUGUGAAGAUAGCAGAUUUUGGCCUUUCGAAAUGGCGUCAGCUGUCUAUUAGUAAAGCAUCUGGCUCCAAGCCACCUGAAAUGAGAGGGACGGUUAUCUACAUGCCUCCAGAAGAGUAUGAGCCUUCCAGCAACAGGAGGACAGAUGUGAAGCACGACAUGUACAGCUAUUCAAUAAUUAUGUGGGAAGCCCUAUCAAGAAAGAUACCAUUUGAAGAAGCUACAAACCCCAUGCAGAUCAUGUUUAGUGUUUUGAGAGGAAGUCGUCCAGAUACCAGCGAAGACAGUUUGCCGUUUGACAUCCCCAGCAGAGACACCUUGAUAGAGCUUAUGACCAGUGGCUGGGCAACAAAUCCGGAUGUACGACUCUCCUUCAUAAAGUGUUUAAUCGAACUGGAACCUAUGGUACGAAGUUUUGAUGAAAUAGAUGUGCUUGAAGCAGUGCUAGAAGUAAAGAAAUCCAAAUUAGUCAGUGGAUCACGUUAUUCAUCAAGUUCAACUUUUGAGAAGUGUCAAAAAGGACAGAAAACUCUGAAUGCAAUGAAAAACGUCCCUCCUUGGCAGGACGGCAGCUCUGCCUCGUGGUCCUGUUCAGAAGAAGCUGGCUUUUCACAGCCCCAGUUCCUGACUCUCAGCUGUGCUCCUCCUUCUAACUUUGGUCCUUCCAAAGAUUUGCAAGAGUCUUCAAAUGAUUCGUAUUCAAAAAAGAUGGAUUUUAAAGAUAAUUGUAAUUAUAACAUACCAGUGCAAUCAGAACUCAUCCAUCUGAAUCCUCUAUCAAGUAUCCCGACUGCCAUGCAAGAUCCGCCCAUGACUUUGAUUGCCCCGAGUUUUGAGGAUAACAUGCCUAAUCAGAUUUACCAAAGUGCCAGAACACAGUCAGACUUCGACAUUCCUUGCAAACCAUCUGUCCCUGAGUCUGAAUGUGCAGCCCAGCUUAGUAAAAUGACUGUGCAACCCAGCCCCACAGUUUUUAUUCCAGAGUAUGCACAGCCAGGAGUAGCGCAUCAGUGGAUCCAAGCCAGAAGAGAGGAUGUUGUUACGCAGAUGACUGAGGCUUGUAUUAACCAGUCUCUGGAUGCACUUCUCUCCAGAGAGCUCCUAAUGAGAGAGGACUACGAACUCAUUACCACCCAGUCAACAAGGACUGCUAAAGUCAGGAAGCUGCUAGAUACUUGUGACAGCCAGGGAGAGGACUUUGCAAGAAUCAUUGUUCAGAAACUAAAGGAUAACAAGCAAAUGGGACUACAGCCUUACCCAGACGUGUCACCUACCACUUUCGGUGCAUCUGCAUUGACCUUUGAGAACCGGAAAAACGUUUAAUGUUUCAACCUGUUUUUCAAUGCCUAUGACGCUGGAUUGCCUUCUUCAAAAGAAUGUGUUCUCAAUAAUUCUAUGGAAGUGGAAGUGUAUUUAAGUAUUGAAACUCAUUCAAGUGAUCUUGAAGAGACUGAGAAUUGGACCUUGUUAUACAGGAUUCUGUUAUAAUGAAAGUAAAGACCAAACUCUUAUUCUGCCAAACUUUUUAUUUGAUGUAAGUCUGAAAUGUCAGCAGCUCUGAAGAUUAGUUUUCGAUGGUUUUAAUAAAUGUGUACACCUUCUAUCUACAACCUUAAUCUGGCAAAUAAUACAAGGAUACAGCACAGUAAUGCAAUACUUCUAUCGUACUACAUAGGAAAAUGCAACAUUUAGCUUGGUAUUCAAAGUGUAACUGUAGCAAAAACACAGACUUAAAAGGAACAGCUGGGUUAAGAUAGUGUUUGUUUCAAAUUUUUUUUUUCUUUUUUUUUAAGCUUGCUCAGUCAAUUAGAGUCCUUUGGCUUAAAAAAAAAAAAAAAAAAAACUUUGCUUUGUUUAACUAAAAUGUUGGUAAAAUUGUUCGUACUUACUUUGAAGUCUGCCUCGCCUCUUUCUGGAUGUUUUGCCCUCUCCAUGAUCAGCAUGUCGUUUAUGGAGUGCUUUAUCAAAACAUCAUUUUCAGAUAUGCGUAUGAUGCAUCUGUUUUACUGCUCUGCUGUCUUUCGCUUGCUUUGCAAACUGUUGGGGUUUUUUUUCUUGGCUUUUUUUUUUUUUUUACUUGGAUGACAAUUUCCCGAUACGGUAUUCCCAUUGCCGAGUAUGAUGCCGAUGUCAGGUUUAAAAAAAUAAAUAAAUAAAUGUUGUCUUUCAAUUGAAAGUGUAACUCCUUUGCGUUUUCCAGUCCUUACCAUUUCAGUAGGUUAACGUUGCGCUUUUCUAAACUGGUUUCUAGUUGCAUUGUGGGCAUGGUUGAGUGAUUGCAAACUUCCAGCUCAAACUGGGCGUUCAACUGAGCGGUCAGUUCAUAAGUAUGGUGUUUGUAACUCUGAUUUUCUACUGUAGCUGAAUCUGUUCCUAAACAGAGCUAGGCCUAUCUGUAGCCAAAACUGAGAACAAAAGAUGAUGGCUCAUUUUCAAAGCUAUAUUUAUUUUUUUUCUAAUGCUUUUUAAAAACUUUUUUUUUUACUUGUUUCAUUAAAUUAUAUCUUGUCUGCUUUCUGGAAAAAUGUUUGAAGAAAAAGAAAUAUUCAGAAAUCCAUUUUUAAUUUGCUUUUGUUGUUGUUGCUGGCAGCUACAGUAGCUGGUUUCCCAGCUGAUUACCAUGGUUUUUAUCAAGACUUUUCAAUAUCGAAUAUGGUGAUCAUGUUAAAGUCAGUGUUUCCCUUCAAUAUCAAGAUUGUACACCAUUGAUGGUUCGUUCCUAAUUGGUUAAGACUUUCACUGGGACUUUUUUAUAUUAUGAUCCUGUGGAUAGUUCUAGACGUAUGAAAACAAUCCAACAAAUCAAGUUAUUUAAGUCUUGAAUCGGAAAAAUGAAAUGCAGGUUGUUUACCUUAUGCAGCACCUUUGCUGCAAGCAUUACUUCCACUUCCACCUUUAGAAACUGCUUCCACAAUAAAGCACUUGUCAAUAUACAUGUAUCCUGUAGUUCCAAAAAUGCUUUUUCAAGGUUGUGAAAAAGUUGGACACGAGGAAGUUACAUGAGGAGAUGUUUCCUAUUCAGUACUGUGUGUAUUUUGGCUGUGUUUUGUUAUCUGAAUAUCCUGAUAUAUUCUGUGCUGUGUCGUGCUAACCUGUGCUUCUGAAUAAUACAGUUUGUAGAAGUCAUUUGUGUUAUAUCAUGGGUGUUGUUAUCAACGUGGCAUAUUCAAGACUCGGGAUGUAUAGUAUGGCAAACUUCAUUUUUUCAGGAUUUUUUGAGCAGUUGGUGCAAAAUAAAAUUAAAUACAAACUUUAUGUGCAUAUUUUGUACCUCUCAGUUGUGCUUUUACUGCACCUGCUGUACUCCCAGUACAUUGGAGGGGGGGGGGAAUAAAUGAACUAUAAAAAUACAUCUUAAACGGUACCCGUCAAAUGUAAGAUAUUCUAGAAAUGUUCUUGUGUGUCAAGUUAAUUUAAUACUAGGGUACACUGCUUUGCCCUGAAUUGUAGUGUGUGUGAUCAGUAAACCUCUACAGCAUGUAAUAGUGUAUGUAUAAGUACUGACAACGAAGCCUAGGGCAUUUCCUGGGGAUUCAAUGACUAAGAAAGAGAGCUGGGUGAUCUGCAUUCUUUGUUUGUUUCAUAAGAUGCAAAUGAUGAAUGAUGAAUGUUGAAAUAAACACAAAGUUUUCAAUUCAAA